UUUGUAAACAAAACAUAAAGUAAGAAAAUCAUUCGCAUCCCCCCUUGAUAUAAUGGAAUCAUCUAAUUUUAAUCCCCGCAGACUUUUAACCAAUCAGAUUGGCGUAAUUUUCAGCUUCAUCCCCAAGCAGCUCAUUCCGAUCCGCACAUUCUCAUCACAAUUACGCAACGCUUAAUUGGUAAACACCGGUGUGUUUUAAACACUUGAGUACCUGCCCAUUGUAACAUUACCGCAAAUUGUAACGGGAUCUGCCUGGCAUGAAUGGGAAAGGUGUCGCCGAGGUUCAGGGGAAGCCAAAGGAUCUCUUGGUUUUCGCGCGUCAAUUUGAAAACGAGGCUGGCGCUACCAUAGCAACGCAUGUAAACUACACCUGACCGGCUUACUGUAAACAAAGCUGGCGAAACAGUCCGCAGCCAAAAUACGCUACAAAUUGGGCCAUAGUCAUUGAUGUAUAUCGGGAUGAAUGUUAUCCAUGCAUAAAAACGAUGCUCUACUCAAAGACAGCGGAAUAAUUUUGCACUUUUUGAGCCAAAUUUCGAUAUCUUGGGGUUAUUUCUUGGCGGUGAUUCGGCCACCAGCUGACUGCACAACAUGACAGCGUGGUGACCACGCAACACAACCUGUUUGGCCGCUCCCCAGGCCGGCGAUCGAGUUCAGUCGAUCAUUGUCUGGAGCGUACAAAGCUGUUGAUUGCACAUUUACUGCACUUGAAGCACGUCAUUUUGCCAUUGUGGGACUUGUCUCUAUACAGACCUCCCUUGGACUCGUCGGAUAGGAAAGCUUUUUUUCUGGAACGUUAUAAUUAAUUGAGGACCAGAGAGCCCGGAAGUAACUCGUAAGGACGCUCCACUGUUGAUCGGUAGCACACACUGUGUUGUCCGACGUGACAUACCUGCUUCAGAGAGGUACGGUAGAAAUCGGACAGCCUAACUAUGCCGAAAGGGAGAAAAUUCGCGCCGGAGACUGACUGUGAUGGAAACUGGUUUCGCCACAGAACGCGAGGCUACGAGACUCCGAAGUUCCAGCGGCAGGUGGACACCAGUACGGGGCAGAUGCUGACCACCCCGUUCGGUGACAGCUCUCAAAGUUCCCAGAUGAACACUCCUCCCAAAUUUGCCACCAGACUGGACUACGUCAACACACAAAACGCGAAGCGGUAUGACCAGGUCAACCCGUUUUCCUGGCAUGACAACAGGAACUCCUUCCAGGACCAUGGGGAGUACUUUGGACAUGGUCUAGGAAAACAGUCUGUGGUUCCUGUAGAGAAGAGUCUGCACUACUCCAACAACUACAUCCGCUGGACCACGCGCGAGGGCAGCCACACCGACAACCUCAGCAGCUACGCCGUGUCCUUCCGGGGUGACCGUGACACCGAGUCCCCCACCAGGCGGCGUUUCCCGCGUACGUACAGCGAGCCGCGGCAGGGUGGGAUCAAACUGGACACAACCACCACUGACUGGAGUAACGAGAGCCACAGGACCCCGCUGCAGGUCAUGGCAUCCGCACAGGAACCCUUCUUACCACACAACCCAUGGAGAUACUCGUACAAGGCACACGAACAGGGCAGGAAUCCCCUGUGUAUGCAGAACUAGGAGGUUCAAACCUCCAAACUAUUACGUACAUGACUAUACAUAUCUUAGCAUGAAGAAUCAUACAUACAUGCAUUAUUCAACAUAUCUUCUCUAAUAUUCAAGAAAUUGCACUUUUCAGUUAAACUAUUUUUGAGGUUACAAUCAUGAACAUCUGAGUUUGAUCUUUUGAUAAAGAUGAUAAAAUAGUAACAUAUCAAAGUUUUGGAUGAUGACAAUAAUUUGAAUACAACAGCAAACAAGUAAAUGUUGGACAUAGUGGAACAACAUGAAACUAGUUACUG